GACCCCGCACCACCGACCCCAAACUCCAGCUCUGCAGCGCGCCUCACACACCUGGACCCAAUCAUUGAUAGGGGCAUGAAGCCCAAUCGAUUAAAUGCUGUUGCCUCGCUGACGAGCAGCGUUCCGCGAGUGGCCCUGCAUCGCCCUGCCAUGGCGCGGGGCUGUGCCUCAAUCUGCUCGUCGGGUCCGAACCGGAGCCUCGUCUCGUCCAAGUCCUAGCCAUGGGCAUUUUGUGACCUGACAACCUGAACCGGUUAAUUCGUUGCUUUAUGCCUUCAAUAACGCCGGAAGUUGACCUCGAAUGGACCCCCUUAGCAUCACUGCAGGCGCCGUUUCCCUCGCCGCCAACGUCCUCCGGUCCGCAGCAUUUGUCAAGGAAGCCGUCGACCAGUUCCGAGACGCCCCUGCGCUCGCCCGCGACAUCGAACAUGAGAUCAAAGUCGUUCAGGCCGCUUUGCGCCAAGUAGAGGCCGCCCUCCAGCGCGACCCGCAAGCCAUCAAGCGCCUUUCCCUCGACGAUGUCUUCGAGCUCUCGGUCGAAGGCUGCUGGGAUACCCUGCAAGACAUCACACACGAGUUCGAGACCUUGUUUGGCCGCCAUGAUUGGAGGCUCAGGGUUGCGGUCUGGUGGAAUUCCGGGGACAUACGCCGUUUGCUGGGGAGGCUAGAGACGAAGAAGGGAAGCCUGAUGCUCCUAGUUCAGGCAUUGAGCUUACACUCUGUCCAGGAAAUGCAAGAGUUGCUGCAGGAAAACAUGAGGACGCUUGACAUCGCUAGGCUUGGUUUGGACGACAUGGUCCCUUCCUACCCCGCCUACACGGCGAAAGAACUAGACUCAACGGCGUCCGGCAUCGAUUCUGGGGAUAGCAUGCUGGGGGAUCGUGACUCGGUGGUCAGCAACACACGUUUUAUUUUCGACGAUAUUUGUUUUGACAGCAAGCCGUACCGCCACACCGUGGCGAGGGUCUCGGCAAAAGAGCGAUAUCACCACAAGAGAGGGGAGGGGAGCUCAUCAGCCGGUGCCCCCCGUUCAACUCCCGGUAGAGAGGCUGAGGCCGAGGCCGAGCCCGACAUGGGAACGUUGCGCAAAACCGAGCCGCGUAUCCAACCGAACGGGGUUACUCCCGAAGAACACGAGGCCGUCGUCAUGAAGUUACGAGAAGCAGAGGCGUUGAUCCGCAUUCUACAGGGCCGCGUGCAGCCACCAGGGACAGUGUUAAAAGAGCAACAAACGUCAGAGGGUCCAAACGAACGUAGAGGCACCGACGUUGAGCCAUACAUCGUCCCCGAGAUACCGGCCACCGAUGAAUCACGUCGCAGGACAACCCGACGCGCAGACGGCGCACGAGACCUCUUACUCGAAAAGAAAGUGGCACAAGCUAGGCCUAAAGCCACUAUCAAAUCUGCUGGGAAAACAUCUAGUGUCAUUAACCAACGUUCCGUGCUGCCGGACGGGUUACCAGUGGCUGCCGGAUCGACCCGUGGCCCAAGUCGGUCCCGUGCAACGCCCUCCAACAAGGAAGUUGAGCUCUUGAUCGAGUAUUUUAAGGAGGGCAAACACGACAACUCAAAGCCUUCGAUAAAAGUCCAUUCCACCCCAAGCGACGAGGGAAAGCCUCAGCGAAUCAUUGUGACCAACCUCUGUAACGGGACAGCUCGCAUACUCGAUGCAGACACGGGUAGAGAUGUCACUUCGAUCUGCACCCCCGAUAUAGAGACUCAGGAUGCGCCAACAGCGACAGGCCCCACAGCGAAGGGCGCACCGCUUUUCGACCACCCGCGCCCAUUACCUGGGCCAGAAUCACUCCUCAGUCAAGCAAGGGCCCGUUCAGCAAUCGCUCGCACAACCAACCCUAUUUUCGGCCACGGAGCAUCUGGAAUGUCGGGGACACGUAUUGUACCGGAAUCGAAUUCCCUUGACCUUUGGCAAGCGCCACAGGAACCGGUCGUGAACCAUAACACAGAGCAACCGACACCUGAGGAUCGGGAGGAGGUGAAUGAGGUAUUUCGACACAUUGUACCCCCGGCCCGGCCCAAUCAUCCCCUACCUCUGCUAAUAGAAGACGAGCUCCGAGGUUCUGAUAUCGACAGGACCAAACAAACAAAUGGGAGACCAAUCGCAAAUCAACGGCCAUAUCUCAGUGAUGACCCCCGGCCCCUAGGCAUGGACGUUCAGCGGGCAAUUGGCACGACCAUGGAAAACACUGUUCGCAGUGUUGAUGCGUCGGCUGUACCAACGGGGAGCGGCACUCAUCCCUACCCGCAACCACGACGCCCUUUCCAAGCUAGGGUGGUGAAGGAAGAUGAGAAGGCCAAGAAACAGUCGGUGUUCAUCCGUGCGUUCAAGGGACUGGGUAGUAGAUCCAACAAGGAACUGGCGGGGCUUGAGGAGACGCUGAUGCAGCUGCUUAUCGAGGUGGAGCAACUGAAAUCCGGGGAAAAUGGUGUGGUCAAGGCUAGGUAGCCUUGCCACGGGAAAUCAUUUGGCUUGUUCUUGGAUUUCGGGUUCUAGACAUCGAUCCCCGGGCCACUGUCUUACUGCUUCGCAAUGGUCACCAGCAAACAGUGUAACUCCGGAGCACGCAGCUGUUAGGGAACUAAGACUGGGUUGCAUGUGUUUGUAUACGGUAACUACCUUGCCUAGAUUUGUGCCCAAUUCGAGCAGGUACCUUAUGUUGUGGUUAUUUUUCACUGAUUUACGAAACUUAGGGCAGCG